UCGACUAUUUGCACUCAUAUUUCCCUAUCACAUAACACUCACUAUGAUUUGAGCGUCGGAGAGGAAAAUCAGGACACCACCCCCAAGUCCCCUUGCUGCAGGUUUUCGAGGCUUGUGGUUGGAUCAACACUCGUGGACUCUUCAUCAACAAUUUGCACGUGGAUUGUUCGUGACAUCAACCCGAUUUUCGUGGUCCCAUCACUUCCGAUUAUGCAAAUUAUCACAACCAAAUUGCUCCAGAGCAAACCUAUGGAUGCUGCAAAUUAAAGACCAAGAGGCCUUGGCAUCUCAUCAAUCAGAUCAUUAUGAACGAGAGAAAGAGGUGAAGGAUUUCAAUGAUGCCAGGGCUGGUGUCAAGGGGUUGAUCGACUCUGGAAUAUUGAAAGUCCCAACGAUUUUCAUCUGACCACUCGAAGAGCUCGAGGAAGACCGGAAUUUCCAUGACACGACCCAGCUCCAGCUUCCAGUGGUAGACCUAAGCAGCAUCCAUGCGAGCAUACCGGGUCGCAAAAAGAUUGUCGAUGAAAUGAGAAAUGCGUCGGCUGAGUAGGGCUUCUUUCAAGUGGUGAACCACGGGAUUCCCUCCAUCCUGAUGGAGGAAAUGCUGGAAAAAAAUAAGAAAGUUCCAUGAGGAAGAUCCUGAAAUCAAGAAACCGUACUACUCGCGGGACCGUUCCAAGAAAGUGAUCUUCAACUCGAAUUUCAAUCUGUACAAGGAAGCAGCUGCUUCCUGGAGGGACACGCUGACUAUAUCUUUGCGGGGUCCGACCCGAGUGAGCUUCCAGACGCUUGCAAGUUUAUAGUACUUACUUACACAGGCAUGCUGAGGAGAUAACCCUCCGAUUUUUCAAUCCGUCUGAAACAGAGAAAAACGAGAUUUCAUGAAGUAUUCGGUUCUUGGUUAAUAAUCGGCAGGAACACACGACUGUGGAGUACAUAAAGCAUAUCAGGCAUUUAGGUGACUUACUAUUCGAGUUGUUGUCGGAGGGUCUGGGGCUCAGAUCACAGCACGUGAGGGAAGAGAUGGAAUGUGCCCAAGGAUGCACCUUCGUGUGCCAUUACUACCCACCAUGUCCUGAGCCGGAGCUGACCUUAGGAGCUUGGUCGCACUCUGACCCUUGGUUUCUGACACUCCUCCACCAGGACCAAGGAGGUGGCCUCCAGGUCCUCCACAACAGGCAGUGGGUCCCUGUACGACCCAUCCCGGGGAGCCUCAUCGUCAAUGUUGGUGAUUUCCUCCAGAUCAUAUCGAACCGCAGAUUCAUCAGUGACGAGCAUCGAGUCGCAGCCGACAGUAUUGGGCCCAGAAUCUCCACCGCCUACUUCUUCAAGGGGAGUCAAGAGUGUGCCUGAGAGGCCGUACGGGCCCAUCAAAGAGUUGAUAUCCAAAGAGAAUCCCCCAUUGUAUAGAGACUUCAGGCCGAGUGAAAUACACUUCAACCUAUCUUCAGGAGAAGCUUUACAGGAAGUCUGCGCUCGAACAAGCAAUGAAGAAUACCAGAUCGGAUGACUAGCAGUUCGACACUGCUGAACAACAUAUUUAUUGCAUUAGGAGUCUGUUAUAGGACUUUUUGCACUUUUCUUCUUUUGUUUUAAUUUUAUUAUCUGUAGAAUUCGGAAUGACAAGGAUCUCAUUCCAGUGAUUUCAUAAGUUCUGC